AUGCCAUUGGUGUCUGUUGAAGAAGCCGUUGCACUACUCGUCACGAUUCUGCCGGAUAUUCGUCGCAAAACAUGGAUUGCUAAAGUUCACGUUGGAGAAGCGCCUACUGAUGAACUCUCAACUGAUGAGUCAGCUUCGAUUUGUUUGUAUUCGAUGGAAUGGGAACCUCGUGAUGAAUGUCUCUAUCAUCGACUAAAUACAACAUUGCGUGAUGAAAAUCGAGAAAGACUUAAACCAUGGUUUCUCUAUUUAAAACGUAUACUAACUGCUCUUGCUUAA